GGCCCGCGGGCGCGGAGGGGCCUCUGGAGGGGGCGGGUUCGCUGGAGCCAGAAAGCCCGGAGCCGCCCAGGAAUCUUGGCCGGGGCCGCGCGCAUUUCCUCCCGGCGAGAUCCCGGGGAGACGGCGGCGAUCCUCCCGGGGAGGCGCGGGCAGUCGGCACCAUGCGGCCCCUGCUGUGCGCUCUGGCCGCGCUCGCCCUGCUCCGAGCCGCGGGCGCCGACGCCGCCGACCCCUCCAUCCCCUCCAGAGGAGACGCAGCUCGGAGCACGGGGUGUGACACACACGUGGCUGUCCUCAGCCGCUUGGAUGUCCUAGAGGAGACGGUGGAGAAGACGGUGGAACACCUGGAGGCCGAAGUGAAAAGCCUGCUGAGCCAACUGGAGGGGCUGGCCUGGACCCUGCCCCCGGGGCCCUUCAGCCCGGUGCCCGACCUCCUGGGAGAUGAUCAUCAGUGAAGCAGGAGGUGGAGAAGCCCAGCAGCUGGAAGUAAUACCCCUGCCCGACAGCUCUCCUCUGAGCCUUGCCUCUGGCCUUCCGUCCUCAGCUUUGUGCGAAUAAAAGCUACUCCUCUGACCCCGCUGACAGAGUGGAUCCUACAGCGGCAGCCCUUCUCCACCUACCCCCAUGCCCGGAGGCCCACAUCCCCCUGGAGGAGUGGGCCUGGGCAUCCCCAGCCCGGCUGGGCUUCGGCCCUCCUUCUGUACAAGGCAGGAUUGUUCACUGAGGUGAGGCACCUGACGCUGAGAAUCCUAAGAUGACUCUGCGGAAGGGCCCUUGUGGGAGCCUGGCUACUCACAGAAUGGGCACCUCUGGUAGUUUGUCAAAAAUGCAGAAUUUGGGGCCCCAAUCCAACCUCCUGAAUCAGAAUUUACAUUUUAAUGAGACCCGCCAGGGGAUUCCUGUGCCCUUUAAGGUUUUAAAAGAGACUUCUAUGGAGGUAAAGUUCACCUAACACAACCUUCAGAGUUGUAACCACGUUAAGCUGUACAAGUUCAGGGCCUUCGAAAGGCUGUGCCGUCGCCACCUCUCUGAUUCCAGGGCAUGUCCAGUAGCCCGGAAGGAAGCCCUGUCCCCAUGAAGCAUCGCUUCCUGUUCCCCUCCCACCGUCCCUUGGACACCACUGACAUUUCUGUCUCUAUGGACUUGCCUGUUCUGGACAUUUUAAAUAAAUAGUCUCAUACAA